AUGAAGGUUCUCACGGCGCUCGGCUUGCUGGCCACGGCCGUGAGUGGUGCCAACUUCAAUCAGCCGGUUCUUUGGGAGGACCUGGCGGACCUGGAUGUCUUCCGUGUGGGAAGCAAGUUCUACUAUUCGGCCUCGACCAUGCAUUACUCUCCCGGAGCUCCGAUUCUCGAAUCUUCCGAUCUGGUGAAUUGGGACUACAUCGGACAUUCAGUCCCGUCCCUGAACUGGGGCUCCAAGUAUGACUUGCAGGGCGGUCGCGCCUACGUCAAGGGCAUCUGGGCCUCAUCUCUCCGGUAUCGUGAGAAGACCAACACCUGGUACUGGAUUGGAUGUGUCGAGUUCAGCAAGACAUACAUCUAUACGGCGCCCUCGGCCACCGGCCCCUGGAAGCAGAGCGGCAUGAUCAAUCAAUGCUAUUACGACUGCGGCUUGUUGAUCGACGACGACGAUAUCAUGUACGUGGCCUACGGAGGCACGGACAUUAGCGUGGCACAACUGUCCUCGGACGGUCUCAGUCAGGUGAAGACGCAAAAGGUCUUCUCCUCGACCAUCGGUGCCAUCGAGGGAUCGCGCUUUUACCACAUUAAUGGGGCAUACUACAUCUUCAACACCCUCCCCGCCAACGCGGAAUACGUUCUCAAGUCCAACAGUCCAUGGGGUCCUUACACGCAAAAAUUGCUGGAGAAGAAUAUCGCAACUCCGAUCCAAGGGGGUGGUAUCCCGCAUCAAGGAGGCAUCGUCGACACCCCAGAUGGAAAAUGGUACUACAUGGCCUUCGUGGACGCCUAUCCGGGUGGCCGCGUACCUGUUCUGGCGCCCAUCACCUGGGGUUCCGAUGGAUUCCCCCAGGUCACUACCGUGAACGGAGGCUGGGGCACUUCCUACCCAUACCCAAUGACCCCCCAGAUCUCCUCGAGUCCGACCGGCACAGACACCUUCCGAGGAACCUCUUUGGGUCCCCAGUGGGAAUGGAAUCACAACCCCGACACCAACUCCUUCACGGUCAACAACGGCUUGACCUUGCGCACUGCCACCAAGACCAAUGAUCUGUACUCGGCGCGCAACACUCUCACUCAUCGCAUUCUGGGUCCUCAGUCCUACGCGACCGUUGAAUUGAGCAUCGGCAGCAUGCUCUCGGGGGAUCGCAGCGGUCUAGCGAUGCUUCGAGACUCUUCGGCGUAUGUGGCAGUGGUGAACAACGGCGGCACUUUCCGGGUCAGCAUGGUAUCCGGUCUCACCAUGGACUCCAACUGGAACACUCAGUCGACAGGUCAGGAGGUGGCUGGCACCAAUCUCCCCGCGGGCACCUCGAAGAUUUGGUUGCGGGCCGCCGCCAACAUUCAACCCGGCAGUGGUCGAACCGCGACCUUCUCGUACAGCACGGACGGCUCCUCCUUUGUCAACAUCGGCAAUCCGUUCGUGCUGAACAACGCCUGGCAAUUCUUUAUGGGCUACCGGUAUGGCAUCUUCAAUUACGCCACCACCACCCUCGGCGGUAGCGUUGUGGUCAACUCAUUUGACAUGCAGAGUGGCGUCCCGUCCGCCACUGGCAAGCCCGUCACAACCACCGCGCGCCAGACCACAACGGCCGGUACAGGGCCCAUCACCACCACCGCCGGCAGUGGCGGCGCUGGAGGGAGCCAGACCAAAUAUGGGCAGUGUGGGGGCAGCGGCUGGGCGGGGCCUACUGCGUGUGCUCCAGGAGGAACUUGCUCCUCGGUGAACCCCUGGUACUCACAAUGCGUGUAA